AUGGCUCGGUGUUCACAAAUCUUGAUGGUCUUCCUCGUCUUGGUUCCAUUGUACUUGGCACUUGAUUGCAGGUAAGAAAACAACGAAGCUCGAAAUGAAAUUUAAAAAAAACUUAUUUAGAAAAUUCUCAUUUGCUCCGGCAUGCAGAGGAAUUAUGCUCAAACGUUCGGGAGCACAUCCAGGAUUCCAAACUGCUGAAGAACCAGUACAAAUUGAUGUAGGUGAAGCAACUGAAAUUGAAAUUGAAAUUGAAAUUUUCAGGUCGAGAAAACUUUGAGCUGGUUAUCGAAAGUUGUUGCUGAACACAGCAAUGCUGAUUGUAUCAGUGUUGAUUAUCUCAUCUCCAAACUUGGCAACGGUAGGCAGCAACAAAACAAAAAACGUUUUUAAUUAUACAAUUUUUUUUUCAGGUUACUAA